CCCGCCUCUUUCGGCCGCAGGACCCUCGGCCCGCCUCUCGAGCUCGCCACCUGCACGCGCCCCCCCGUCCCCCGGCUGUGCGCACGCGCGGUGCCCACCAGGGCGCGCGGGGGAGCCCGCCAGGCGCAUGCGCGGUGCAGGGACCGCGGUCGCUCUGCUGUCGCCGCUGCCACCGUAGCUGCCGUUGCCGCCUUCCUGCCGGCAAGUGUGGGAAAGAGGAGCUGAGGGCCGCCGCCGCCGUUGCCGCCAUGGGGAGGAAGUCGAGCAAAGCAAAGGAGAAGAAGCAGAAGCGGCUGGAGGAGCGCGCAGCCAUGGACGCCGUCUGUGCCAAAGUGGACGCCGCCAACAGGCUUGGCGACCCUUUAGAGGCUUUCCCCGUGUUCAAGAAAUACGAUCGAAAUGGGCUAAACGUCUCCAUCGAGUGUAAGCGAGUGUCUGGAUUGGAGGCAGCCACAGUGGACUGGGCCUUCGACCUGACCAAAAUGAACAUGCAGACCAUGUAUGAGCAGAGUGAGUGGGGCUGGAAGGACCGAGAAAAGCGGGAGGAAAUGACAGAUGACCGAGCCUGGUACCUCAUUGCUUGGGAAAACAGUUCCGUCCCCGUUGCCUUCUCUCACUUCCGGUUCGACGUGGAGUGUGGGGAUGAAGUCCUGUACUGCUACGAAGUGCAGUUGGAAAGCAAGGUGCGGCGGAAAGGCCUGGGGAAGUUCCUCAUUCAGAUUCUGCAGCUCGUGGCCAAUAGCACCCAGAUGAAGAAGGUGAUGUUAACAGUAUUUAAGCACAAUCAUGGCGCCUACCAGUUCUUCAGAGAAGCGCUGCAGUUUGAAAUCGAUGACUCUUCCCCCAGCAUGUCAGGUUGCUGUGGGGAGGACUGCUCCUACGAGAUCCUGAGCCGGAGGACCAAGUUUGGGGACAGUCAGCAUUCCCAUGCUGGUGGGCACUGUGGUGGCUGCUGUCACUGAACUCCCAACCAGAGCGCCCUUUCCAAGGUCUACCCUCUCCCCGGUCUCAUGCCACCUGCCAGGUGCCCUCAGAGCUGUGGCCUCCUCAGCCCUACAUGUGCCAGGCUGCGCCCUGAGAGCAGAACCCUGGGAAGGAGUGGUCCAAGUGCCCCUCCUCCUCUCUCCUAGAAGAGCAGUGCCAGGAGGGAGCCGAGAGGAGAGGAUGCUGAGGGAAGAAAGCUGGUGGAGGCCGGGCGUGACGUCAUCCUGGCAUGGAGGCUGCCUUCUCACUCCACUCUUGCACCCUUGAGCGUAAAAUUCCCUGACUCCUCUGUAGCUGGAUUCCUGACACUGCCCCCCUACAAACCUCCUGCCACACACACAUGCACACACACGGACACACACAUGGACAUGACACACACGCACGCACAGACACACACUAACACGCACGCACAAACACGGACGCGCGUGCACACCCAUGGACAGAUGGAGUGCUUAUGCCCACCUAUGAAAGUCCCGGAGCCCUGGUCAGGGUCUGGCUGGGCCUCGAAGAGGAAUGGACUUGGUGGGAGGUCUGGGCACAGCAAGGCUUCAGACUCCUGCUUCGCGGGCGGAAUGCUCUGAUGGCGUCCGGGGAAGGUCUGUGCUGCGACAGACAAGCAAGGGAGCCCUCUCGAGCGGUGCUCUGUGGACCCGGUUAGAGGGGGGCUGUCCCAGGGGACCGGCCAGCUCUGGGAAGAGGGCUGCCUCGCUCUCCCUCGCUGUCAGUGGGGCUGCGGAGGCCGGGAGCACGGUGCUGAGUGGGGCUGCAUUGCUCCUUUGGGCUUUUGGACUUUGCUGCAUUCUAAGCUUGACCUCGAUCUAUGGCAGUGGCUCAGGUUUCUAAAUCCUAGAAAAAACCAGGGGUCCUGCCUGUCCUCUCCAUCGCCCUCACACCCUCCCUUACCUCUCACCCCGCCCCAGAUACCUCUUCCUACCAAGGGGGGAAUAACAUCAGGGAGCCCCUCUCCCCCCAGAAGGACCUCUCUUCUUGGCAUCUUCCUCUCAGAUCUUGGUGCUGAUAGCUCUCUGCAGGCGGGCAUUCCCCCCUCUUCAGAGAGCCCCCAGCCAGCAGCGGGCCCUCCGCCUGCGCUCCCAGCCUCGCCCCUCGCUGCCUCAGUGAGGCACUAGUGCCACUGCCCUGGCCGGCCUCGGGCUGCAGCAGGACUGCCGGGGGGCACAGCGGCUCCUCCCUGGGGUCACCUGGGGCGGCGCGGCUGGCGCAGGGAGGGAAGGCCUUCCUCUUCUCAGGAUAGAGGCUGUGGGGUCAGCUUCCACUUGUCCUAAUCCCAGGCCUUGUUCUCCCUCCGGGAAAAUGACCAAAUCCUUAUCCAGGAACAAGCCCCUGACGCCUCCACUUAGAGGGCUUUCAGCUCUGCGUUAGGGCGUGUCUUAAAGCUCUAGCCUUUGGAAAGUUGCUGUCCUGGAGGCCGGUGGGUCCUCCCGACCUCGUCUGCUCACAGCCCACGCUGCCCAGAUUCCGGCCUCUGCUGACGGGCCUCCCUGAGCUGUGCUUGCUUCUCCCGCAGACCCUGCUUGUGCGGGUCUGCACAUGGCCGCCUUCACCAGCCCCGCCGAGCGCUCCUCCUUGCUCUUGACUCCCCAGCUGGGAGAGGGCCCUGCAGCUUUACACUGGAGUAAGCCCACCGUGUCCUCGUCCUGCUGGCUCCCAGGGCAUUUUACCCGAGGGGCGGAGUUUCAGUUUCUGGGAGGGCAUUGGGCUUCCAAGAAUCAUGGAACGACUGAAGCAUGUUUAGGGAGAGUGUUUCCUCUGAUUCCUGUCUCUCAAAGACAGAAUGAUAACUAUUUAUUGUCUUAGAUCAUGGAUUUCUGAUACCUCCCACUCAAGGGGACCAAAAGGAACCCCCAGUGUAAGUCCCACAUAAGGUGAGUUCAGUGCAUGUCUCUUUCUGGUCAUUGACCACCUGGCACCGAAUCCAUUUGGGCUCUUGGUGCCACGCCCUCUUGUGCAGCCUCCUGGCCACUGCCCGGGCUGCCCCGGAGGGACUGGGCUGCGAGGUGCUGCCUGAGGCCAGCAGGGGGCUCUUGUCAGUGCUGAGCCCGUCAGUUCUCAACCCUCCGUCUUUCCCACUGACCCGGGCCAUGGUGAUGAGAACCAGCAGGCCUUUUCCGGGCUUUUUGUUGAUUGAUUGGGGCACAUUAAAAUAUUUUUAAAGAUUUUUCUUUUAGUUGUAUUCACUAUUUCAGGUUAUUUUUGUUGCUGUCAAAUGUGUAUAUGACGUGUAUGGUUUUUAACCCUUCCUGGGUUUUUUAGAGGAAACUUUGAAGUAUAUAUUUUUUCUUUAGCAACUUGUUAUCACUGGAAUCAAAGGGGAAAAGUGAUCUCUUUUUGCAUUGGUUGUAUUUGUAUGUCACAAAUAAAGGAUACUUUGUCAGCUGC